UGAGCGCGGUGGUAGCUAGCCGCUGUUAGCUUAGCAUGUUGGCGAGUGUCUGCUGAUGCUGCGGAACUGUAACGCUACUGACUUAAAAGAAGCGAAGAAGAGCAACGUGUCGAACAAAAGCGGCCUUCACUUAUGUACAUUUCAACGUGGCCUUUUAACAAGGGGUGGAAUGUCAACUGUUUACAUUCAAUGGUCAAUCAAAGGAAAAAAAUGAGUCUUAAAUAUCAUACUAAAACCUGGUCAGUUGUUCUGUUUUUGGCCUUUUUUGAAGUUAUUUUAUUAUUUUUAUUUCCCGAUCAUUGUUGUUUAUUAAACAUGUAUUCAAAAAGUGAUCAUGACUGAUGUUGUAGUUUAACGAUUACCGAUAUGAACGACAGAAAAAUGGAAUUAAAUACAACUUAAAUGUGUCAGUUUAAUUUGAAAAGAACACUUUUGUUUAAAUGUAAUAAAUAGCAAUGAGUGUCAUGAGAGUAAAGUAUUCUUCCAGCCUGUCCCCUUCAUGUCCUCAUUCACCACGAACCUCAUUGCUGGUCUUCCUCUUCCUUCGUCUCCAACCUUUGUGGUGCCAGGAUGCGUCCUUGUCGUACGACCCAGACUCGCCGCCCGGCGAGAUCCAGAGCGAUGUGGUGUUCCGAGAAGGUCAGACCCUUGGUGGGAGCAUCACCUACACCCCCAGACUCAUCGCCAUGGACCUCAAAGGGAGUCUGCAGGCUCUGCCUCAGGAGGGAGGUCUGUACGACGACGGCAAAGACGCCUCCACCGUCUCCUGGGAUGGGAACCUGAUGAUGCACCGAGAAAGUCCUCCCCCGAAAAACUCUUUUCUGGAGGAUCUGGACAGGUUGGAUAGAGGAGAAAUUCUUGCCGAAGCUCAGUUUGCCAGCACUUCUCAGCCCCAGCGCUCCGUGGCAGGGAAGGUGCAAGUCGACACGGUGAACAGACGCCUGGAGAAGGCGCAGAAGAGCUAUCACCUGGAGGGCAGUGUCAAGGUUUGGUCGGACUUCCUCCGGAUCUACCUGCAUCCUCGCACCAUCUCCAUCGUCCACCAGUACAACCACGACGGAGACUCGGACCGUCUGGAGGCCUUCAGUCAGGGGGAGGCCGUCCUGCACGGCCCCCUGCUGGACCAGCUGGAUGACAAGCUGCACUUUUUCGUUGAGGAGUGCGACUACUUUCAGGGCUUCCAGGUGUUGUGCGACUUGGCUGACGGCUUCGCCGGCGUCGGGUCCAAGGUCACAGAGAUGCUUCAUGACGACUAUGGUGGGAGGGGCAUCCUGACUUGGGGACUGGCUCCUGUCAGUCAUCCAGACUCGACGCCUGUGAAGGAGUUUUACCACCUGCUGAACUGCACGCUGGGGCUGGUCCACAUGUCCAGUCACAGCUCCCUGUUCUGUCCACUGUCGCUGCGCGGAGGUCUGGGACUGCGAGCCUCUUCCCCGGUCAGCUUCCCUCACCUGAGCUACGACCCCUCUCUCUGGUACCACUCCAGCUCGGUCCUGGCUGUGGCCCUGGACGCCCUCACCGUGCCCUACAGGUUGAGGAACAACUGCGUGCCCAUGUGGCAGGUGGCCGACGCGCUCUCCUCCUCGGGUCGAAAGGUGGUGUCUGCCUAUGGUGCAGUCCCGUUUCCCUUGAUGCACGGCGGCUCUCUCCCUGACUCUUUGACUGUCUGUGGAGACUCACUGCCGUGGAAACCGAUCUCCACCUGCCCGGAGGCCGACAGUGGUCGGUGCUACGGUCAGUGGGUGACGCUCAAAGGCUUGGAAGGACACAAACUCACCGGUUCCAUGCAGUAUGGGAUGACGCCUCUUCACCGCCUGGACAGCGGCGAGGACGUGCUGGCUUCCUACAUCAGCUCCUUCUAUCCCUCGUCUCCUCUGAACCUACAGCUGGUGUCCGCUCCCAGCAAACUGACACCUCCUUUCCCGCAGAUCUUUAGCUCGUCCGUGGGCAGUCAGGGUCUGCUUCACGGUCACCGGAACGGUUUUUUGUCCCAGGCGGUGACCUCCGUCCCCGUCCUGACCUCCCUCCAGUCUGGACCUGCCAUCGGCCCCUGGCUCGCUGACCUGCAUCGCUCCGUCAGCGCGUUUGACGUCCGCCGCGUGGCCCCCAGCUUCCUCUCUCAGGGACUGGACAUGGAUCACUUCCGUGAGGCUCUUGAGCAGCUGCGUCGCCUGUCCAGGUGUUACAGAGAUGACAGCGGAGGAGUGACGCGCUCUUCCUCUGAAGAUGAUGAUGAUGAUGACUGACCCAGAGAACCCUGUCCCAUUUUCUGCUUGUCCUUCUGGAACUGUGCAGUGGUUCUGCUGGAUAGUCAUGGUCUUCCUCCAGCCACUCUUCAACAUCAACUAUGUGGAACCUUGUGGUCAAGAAAAGAGUGAAGAACCUGUAGGUCAAAGAAGAAGACUUGAAAGAUGAACCAGGACCAGCAGCACUUUGACCCAGUCGAGUGAUGAUACCUGCAGUGAAGACCUAGGACCAGCAGAGUGUUCACUGCUUCACCUCCGGUCUUGGAUCUGUCUCUGUUUCUAGUCAUGUUUCUAUCCUGUUAUCAUGAGCUGAAGGAAAAUCCCCUCUCUAGAGGGACGUGUCUGUGAUCUUCAUCAUGUCACAAUUCAUGCUAAAGCAAGUACAGGAACCAACGGGAUUGAGAGCCUGUGUGUCUGGCAUCUACUGAGUAGAGCUGACGAUUCAUGCUGCAAAGUUGAGUUAGUCCUGCACUUGCCCUGCCAGAGAACGGUUCAGCUGAAGUGCACCUGCUGUCAUUAGACAUUCUGGGCUGCAGAUGUGCUUUAUUGUUUGAGGACGUCUCCGACUGACUCUGAAAAUAAACCUUUUCUAAAAAAAACAUUUUGUUCGCAAACCAAACGCGCUUUAUCCAAAACAAAUGUAUGAAGUGGGGAAACGGUGAUGGGUAGAUGAGGUUUCAUGAAACAGCGUCCUGAUUUUCAGAGGCCACCAGGUGGCGCUGUUGGCUGUAAAAUGUUUGAACUUGAAUUCAAUGAAAAAAAAUGAAAAGGAACCAGAAGCCCAUCCCAAAGUAUACUGCACAACUAUAGACACUAUGCAAACCCUGGAAGGUAUGGAAAUACUAAAAUGAAAAAAAAAAAAAACUUUGAACGUAAGACGUUUUACGCAUUUUUAUUUUGUAAUGAAAACAAUCCAUGGAUCUCACAAAAGGUCAAAAUGGCAAAAAGAUUAUCCGCUCAGCGCAAACAUGCUUCCAAGGUUAAACAAAAAAACCCAUCUAACAGACGCACGCGCACACAGCCACUACUGAAGUCGAGUCAUCUAAAACAUCCCUACAGACGGAGGCUAAUACGGGACAAGCGGCGACAUGUGGAAGGGAAGGGAAGAGGCGCAGACGCGCAAGACCGGCACAGACGAGCUAGCUAUCAA